AUGGCUGUCUCUUCAACUGCGAAUGUAGCUCGGUGGUCCGCGCUAGUUCUUGGUAUUACUUAUGGUUUUUGGCACCAAAGUUCACUGGUAAAAUCAGAACAAGCGAAAGCAACGAUAGAAAAUUAUCACCACAAGGAGGAAUUAAUUAGGAAGGCAAAGGCUGCCUACGCUGCACAGCAGGCCGCUAAAAAUCCAACAAAAGAUCCGAAUGAUCCCGCAUUUGAUUUAGAAAAACUCAUCAUCUACUACGGUACACAAGAGGAACUUUAA